GGCGCCGCACAGAUCCUCACAGAGUCACUCCGCCACCGAAGUGGUCGACUGAGGACGUCCUUCACCCACUGUUCUUCGCGCAUCGUGCUCUCCGGUGACGUUUUCUAGCUCCUCAGCAGUUAACUAAUGCGUGCCUCGUGCUCUUAGCCUUUCAGCUUGUCCUCCUUGCAGCCCUCGGCUUGUGUUUGGACACGCGCUCUAAUAUCCUAGCCACUGGCGCUGCCAAUCACUGAAAACGUUGGAGAAUUCCCCAAAACCUGGGCGCUUAGCAGUGAAGGGUGAGAAUGCUCAAGGUCUCUGUAACUUCAACUUCCAGUGUUCAAUCGCCCCAAGGAUUUUUAGAGAAGUCAACUUAUGGCCUGGACAAGUGGAGCUUUUUUGUAUUCUGGCCUUCUCCAGCCUCAGGAAAAUCUCGAACUUCCAUUCAAUGUUCUGUUCGAUUCCGUCCUUGCAUUGAUAUACACAAGGGAAAAGUCAAACAAAUUGUUGGAUCAACCCUCCAUGAUUUAAAGGGGGACGGGUCUAAUCCUGUAACCAAUUUUGAAUCUGACAAAUCAGCAGCAGAGUUUGCUAAUCUUUAUAAAGAAGAUGGGCUUACUGGUGGUCAUGUAGUUAUGCUCGGAGCGGAUCCUUUAAGCAAAGUUGCUGCCUUAGAGGCAUUACAUGCUUACCCCGGCGGUCUCCAAGUUGGAGGUGGAAUGAAUUCUGACAAUUGUUUGAGUUACAUUGAGGAAGGAGCAAGCCACGUCAUUGUCACAUCUUAUGUAUUUAACAAUGGACAAAUGGAUCUUGAGAGGCUCAAAGAUCUUGUACGAAUUGUUGGAAGAAAGAGGCUUGUGUUGGACCUCAGUUGCAGGAAAAAGGAAGGUAAAUAUGCAGUUGUCACUGACAGAUGGCAGAAAUUUAGCGAUGUGACUCUUAAUGCUGAAGUAUUGCAAUUUCUUGCCAACUUUGCUGAUGAAUUUCUGGUUCAUGGCGUUGAUGUUGAAGGGAAAAAGUUGGGGAUUGAUGAAGAGCUUGUGGCUUUGCUUGGCAAGCAUUCACCGAUUCCUGUCACCUACGCUGGUGGUGUUACUGAAAUGGCCGAUCUGGAGAGGAUAAAAAUGGCUGGACUGGGACGUGUGGAUGUCACAGUGGGAAGUGCGUUGGAUAUUUUUGGGGGUAACUUAGCAUAUAAAGAUGUUGUGGCUUGGCAUGCCCAGCAACAGGCCUCAAUGGUUUAAGGGUGGCAGAGUGCGAUCUGGGAUUAUAUGUAAUUGAUUCUCUUUAUUUUGCCAUCCAAGGAUAUUUUUCAUCAGUUCAUCUGGACCUUGAAUCUAAACACUUGCUUUUUCAUUGCUCUCGUUCCUGCAUCAACAUCGACCAUCACCUGUUCCUCAGGUUUUAUUGUGAUAAUUAUCAGCCAAUUUACCUAGUUAUGAAGUACAAUAAAUACAAUGCAAUUUUUAAUUGCAA